UCCAAGAAAAAGGAUCUUUCGGACUGCAUUUUUCUGAUAUUAGGCCUUUCUUAUUGAAUGCUAUGCCUUUAGAACAACCCGCUUGACGGUGGCCGGGUCCAAGUUUUGCUUUGCUAUUUGUUUGUUUUGCUGAAGGCGCCUUGUCGGGCUGCAUUCUUCGAUUGUUACUUAGGCAUUUGUGAGAACAAGCGUGAUUUGUUUAAGAUUUUUGCGGGACGUGAAGUGAAUAUCAGUUGGUUGUGGUUGUAGAGUCAACCUCAUGAAUCACGUAUUUGUUUUGGCACUGCACGACUCUGUUUGACGGAUUCACCAAUAGCAAUGGAGUCCAAUCCACAAUUUAAUCUACGUUGGAACAAUCACAGUUACAACAUAAUACAGGUCUUCCUGGAACAACUGACAAAUGAGAGCUUAGUAGAUGUAACAUUAUCUUGUCAAGGUCAAUUCAUCAAGGUGCACAAAAUGGUACUCUCUGCUUGUAGUCCGUAUUUUCAGGAUUUGUUUUCCAUUCACCAAGUUCAGCAUCCUGUUGUCAUAUUAAAUGGGAUAAAGUUUCAUGACUUAAAAAUGGUUGUUGAUUUCAUGUACAGGGGAGAAACCAGAGUUUUGGAAUCUGAACUCAAUGAUAUCUUGGCAGUUGCAGAAACAUUACAGAUAAAAGGUCUCAGCACAGUUCGCAAUAAGCAUGAAAAAACUCAAACUGCAGAAUCUAUUGAGACCUCAAAUGUUCAGGAUAGUUUUCCUCCUGAGGUUGUUGCAAUGGAUCCCCUGGAACUCACAAAUCAAAAUGAGUCAAUUAAGCCACCAAGAAAGCGGAAACGCCCAUCAGAGGGAAAACGCAAUGACACUUCAAAAGUUUCUUGCCAAGAGACCUCAUCUGAAUCAGCUCAACCUCAACUGACAGCUCCCAGACCUAAUCACAAUGUAACACCCAAUAUAGUUCCUCCCAAAGUGAGCUCAUCAAGAGUCUCUUCUCCAGCAGUAGCCUCACCGAGAACAAUCUCACCGAGAGCCGUAUCACCUGGGGCAUCCUCACCAAUGUCGCCACCACCUGGAGUCCCCUCAUCUAAACCUUCAUCACCAAAAGCAACUUCACCCAAAGCAAUAUCGUCCAAUCCUCACAGGUCAACUCUGCCAUUGGCCAAAGUGUACUUAUCAAAAAAAUCUGCAGUCAAAGCCAACAAAGAAGUUACAUCUUCCAGAACAAAUGAUGGAGAACAAGAAGAUACCGAUGCCCUUCCAUUUGUCCAAGUGUCAUUGAGUGAGACAUCAGAUGACGAUAUUGAUCUAGCAAAAACUAUUAAAGUCAACCCUCUUUUUAUCAGAGAUAUAGAUGAUGGUGAUGCAUCUUGGGAUGAUCCGACCAGACUAGUUAUUGAUUUGCCAUCUGAAGAAGCAGACGAGGCAUCAGACAAAUCACAAGCCCAACAUUCAGUUGCAGAAAAAAAUGAGUCUAAAAUGCCAUCACCUAUCAAAACAACAUUUGUGGCAAAACCGAAACUCAAAGUGCGGCCAACCUCUGAGCUGGUGGGAUUAUCCCAGUCUGCUCAAAGUAGUUCUGAUUCUUCAAGUGUUCAAGAGAGAAAUGCUGCUGGUGAUAAAAGUGCCCCUGAACCAAAUUAUAUUGAUCAACGGAGAGGACAUAGAAUUCCUCGACCUCCUAAUGCAUUCAUGAUAUUUGCUAACGAAUGGAGAAAAAAGCUUGCUCUUGAAAAUCCAACCGAAUCAAAUAAGCAAAUCUCAGUCCGUUUGGGUAUUAAAUGGAAAAGUAUGACUUCAGAAAAUAAGGCAAUUUACUUCACUGCUUCCCGUAAAGCAGAUGAAGAGCACAAACAAAAAUAUCCUAAUUACUUCUACAGCCCUAAAGAAGCUCGUAUACGUAAGUCACAAAUGCAAGCUUUACGUCAAAAGCAUGUUCUUAAAACAAUUCCCAUAAGGAAAUCCAUUGUUAGAGAGAGGGAUCCAUUGGAGUUGACUCCCAUCAGGGCGUCUGACCUCAAUCGCUCAACUGUCCUUAUAUCUGAUGUAACAAAUUCUGGCAUCACUGUCAAGGAGGAAAUUUUAGAUGAAGAAUCAAACCCACAAAAUUUAGAGGAAGAGUUUCUUAAAAUGGUAGAAGAUGGGCAAGUGGAAGCUGAACUUCAGGAGGAUGAUAGUGGCAACUCGGUCUCUACUGACCAAGUGGGUAAUAGUGAAAACACCACAUGAAGCCAAUGAACUGAAUUAGUCAUUUUCCUCAAUUUCGUCAGAGAAUAUUUCUAUUUUAAGUUUUGUUGAAGGUUGAGCUUUCAACUAUACUUUAUUUUACCAUUGUUUGUUCCAUGUGCCAUGGAGUUCUUAUGUGUCUUGCAACUAUUAAGUUAAACUUACAUUUCUUGUCGCUGUGCUUCUUUGGUAUCAUGUUACCAAUACAUCUAUUCAGUAUAAGUUGUUCUUUCAUGUAAGAACAAGUUACGCCAUACAUUCGCCAUUACAAUAUUAAUGAAAACAUGGAAGUCUCCCUCUUGGAAGAAUGUGUAUAUGUUAAAUAUGCUCACAAAUCCUCCUUGUUGAUUCUAAAAUUAAGAGGUGCUGUGAAUUUUUUUACUAUUUGUGUUACUUGUUAUGUAUAUGUUGACAAAUCAUUGUGAAGCACUACAGUAGGCUUCUCUCCUAAAAGAAUGUAUGUGAGUAAGAAUGCAAUGGUAUCCUCACAUGUUCUUGGAUAUCUCGUAUCAGUUCUGUUGAAGGAAUGUAUCUGUUGAAUGUGUUUUUUAAUCAGUUUUCAAUUGUGAAUCAAAUUCAUAUGAAGUCUUUGUUUAUAAAUCAUUUAUAGACCUCCUUUCCUUUUAGCAAGGAGAGCCACACAUUUAAAUUGCUGUCGUUAAAUUGUUUGUAACUUUUUCUCUCUGUGACUUACUGCAGAUUUUCCUCUAUUGUUGUUGGUUUUUCUUCUGGGUUUUACUUUUUGCUACUUGAUUUGAGAUUUUUUUUCUUUUCCAAGAAUGUGUGCUGUGUCAACAAUUUGCAUUGGUGUAAAAUUGGGCGCAGCUACGCAAUGUCAAAUGCCUUACAAAAGCCAUUUGUUUUGUACUGAUUUUGUUGAUGACGAAUGAAUUGAGCUGAUUUUGUAGGAAUUCUCAGUGAUAGUUGCAUAUUGUGUUGAUUUAUUAAUUUUUUUCCUUUAUUAUUGUGGUUUAUUUUGAUUUUGUACGCCCAUUUCAUAUAAGAUUUGGGAGAAUAUUAGUCAGUUGCAACUCCAAUUGUAACGCCAGAAUAAAAUUUUUGGAACACAGAUGAUACACUGUUUCCUAUUUUGCAAAAAUGAAAGUUAACCUCUCAUGUUACGACUUUGAACUCGAGGUUAGGGAUUUAAUGGCAUAACUAUUUUUACUCAGUUGAUGUUUCGACUUGUGCACAAUUUUUAAGAGGAAUAAAUAUCAGAACAGUAUUUGUGUUACAUUGCCUCCAGCACAUUUGUUGUCCAUACUUCAUUUACACAAUUUCAGUGUCUACUUGUAUGUACCCUUUCAGGACUUGGUGGUACUACUUUGUUAAGCCAAUAUAUUUAUAAAAAAAUAAAUGAGGAAAAAAUCUUU